CUCUUUCUCAAUCCCAGCAGCAGACUGAAGGCAGACCUUGCGGCGCAGCGCAAUGCGAGGGACCCUUGUUGGAAAAGGCCGCUUGGCUGGCAGGAGCCCAGAUUGGUCUGCUUUCUGUGGCAGGACAGCAGUGGGUUUGCAGAGGGGCACCCGUGUGGACCAAGGAUGAGCUGGGCAGCGAGACUGGCUGGGUGCUGUGGAUGUGCUAGAGGGCAGCAGCAGGAUGGUACAAAGGACCAGGUAGCGCCCAGGGCAGGUUGUCCCCCUGCCGCAUCCCUGUAAAAGAAUUCUACCGUUGCGGGAACUGCUUGCAUUCCGUGGAACGGGAUGAAGUUCAUGGUUUGAAAGAAACUUUUGGGCUGUGAAUUGAGGCAUUGGGCAGAGUCGAGAUGGCCUCUCCGGCAGACAGCUGCAUCCAGUUCACCCGCCACGCAAGUGACGUACUUCUCAAUCUCAACCGCCUUCGGAGCCGGGAUAUCCUCACCGAUGUCGUUAUCAUCGUGAACCGGGAACAGUUCAGAGCCCACAAAACUGUCCUCAUGGCCUGCAGCGGCCUCUUCUACAGCAUAUUCACCGACCAGCUAAAGUGCAAUCUGAACAUCAUCACUCUGGCCCCAGACAUCAACCCCGAGGGAUUCUGCAUCCUGCUGGACUUCAUGUACACCUCCCGCCUCAACCUGAGGGAAAGCAACAUCAUGGCCGUCAUGGCCACCGCACUCUACCUGCAGAUGGAGCACGUCGUCGAUACUUGCCGAAGGUUUGUCAAGUCUAGCGAAGCCGAAAUGGUCUCCGCAAUGAAGACGCCAAGGGAAGAGUUCUUGACGGGCCGGAUGCUGAGUCAUCCGGAGGUGAUGGCGUACAGGAGCCGGGAAGUCUCCGAGAACAACAUGCCUCUCCGAAACACGCCUCUCUGCGAUGGGAGGGCCUUUGCCUCCAGUUUGUACAGUGGCCUGUCCGGAUCGCCCCUUUCCUACGCUGGAUACAACCCCAUUCCAGUCAACGGUUUCCUCUUGGACGACGAGCUGCGAGAGACGAGGAUGCCCCUGCAGGAUGUCUCGAGGGUCAACCCUUUUCCAAAGGAGAGAACGCUGCCAUGUGACAGCUCCAGGACAAUCCCUACAGACUAUACCAGAGCCGUCACUGAUCUUUCAGCCAACACGUGCCAUGCCACCAUCUAUUCUCCAAACGAGGCUGCUGCCGAAGAGGCCAGAAGUGACAUGCACUACAGCAUAGCCGCUGGUCCUAAGCCCGUCACACCUUCGGUCCGAAACAAUCCCUACUUCGCCUGUGACAAAGUGGCCAAAGAAGAAGAGCGGACCUCUUCGGAAGACGAGAUAAGCCAACACUUCGAACCAACCAAUACACCAAUGAACCGAAAGGGUCUCAUCAGCCCCCAGAGCCCCCAGAAAUCAGACUGCCAACCCAACUCGCCAACCGAGUCCAGCAGCAGCAAGAACGCCCGCAUCGCUCAAAGCUCUGGAUCUCUGGGUACCAAGAGCCCUACCGACCCCAAAGCCUGCAACUGGAAGAAGUACAAAUUCAUCGUCCUCAACAACCUCAACCAGAGCACCAAGCAAGACGGCGCCGACCAGAACGAAGUGGGGACCCUCUCCCCUCGCUCCUACGUGUCUACGUCGGCUUGCCAGCAGUCCAUGGAACCUGAGAAUCUAGACGUCCAGUCCCCAACCAAGCUGAGCUUGAAUGGGGAAGACUCGACAAUCCCACAAGCAAGCAGGCUCAACAACAUUGUGAACAGAUCUUUGGAUGGGUCCCCUCGGAGCAGCGAGGGGCAGUCCCCUCUGUACCUGCAUUCCUCAAAAUGCAGCACCUGCGGCUCCCAGUCCCCCCAGCAUUCUGAGAUGUGCCUUCACACCCCUGGCUCGACCUUCGGAGAGGAAAUGGGCGAAACCCACUCCGAAUACUCCGACUCCAGUUGUGAAAACGGAGCCUUCUUCUGCAAUGAGUGUGACUGUAGGUUCUCUGAAGAGGCUUCCCUCAAGAGACACUCCCUGCAAGCGCACAGUGAUAAGCCCUACAAGUGUGACCGUUGCCAGGCCUCCUUCCGCUACAAGGGAAACCUAGCCAGCCACAAAACCGUUCACACAGGCGAGAAGCCAUAUCGUUGCACUAUCUGCGGAGCGCAGUUCAACCGGCCGGCCAACCUGAAGACCCACACGCGCAUCCACUCCGGAGAGAAGCCCUACAAGUGUGAGACCUGCGGGGCCAGAUUUGUCCAGGUUGCCCAUCUCCGAGCUCAUGUGCUAAUCCACACUGGAGAAAAACCCUACCCCUGUGAAAUCUGUGGCACGCGCUUCCGGCACCUGCAGACGCUCAAAAGUCACCUUCGAAUCCACACCGGAGAGAAACCGUACCAUAAGGUCCCGUUCCUUCGAAGGGCCGCGGCUCAUGUUACAGUAGAGGACAAAGGACAUUGCUCCUCUACUGUACGGAGGAUCAUAGACGCUAGAGAUGAGAGUGUGAGAAGUGUAACCUGCAUUUCCGCCACAAAAGCCAGCUGCGGCUCCACCUCCGGCAGAAACACGGCGCCAUCACCAACACCAAGGUGCAAUACCGCGUCUCGACGACAGAGCUGCCACCAGAACUGCCCAAGGCGUGCUGAAAGCCAGGUGGAUUUCUCUGCAGGGAGAGAGAGGAAGAGGUGUUUGAGGGAGAGGGGGAAAGAUAUCCAAAGGAUACUUGUAACACUUGUAACACUUUAAAACUUUCAUCACACGAUGGAGUGCCUCUAAGCCCAUAGUGCAGAUAGGUGGGAAAAAAUAUUUAAAAUUACACGGGUUUUAUUUUUAUUUUUCCCAGUUAUGUGAAACUAUAUAAAAAAAACUUAUUCAGAUUUAAAUGUGUAUAAAAAAUGUCUGUGCAGUGGAGUGUUUAACCUUCACAGUCUGAAGAUGAGGAAUGUAAUGUUGAUUUACGGGAACAGUUGGUUUUUUGUUUAUUUUUUUGUGUUGUUGGGGUUUUUUUGCUUUCUCUUUGUAUGCAAAAUGUGUGUUCUUUUAAAGAGAAGAAAAGAAUUGUGUACUAUUGAAGAGAGGGCUUUAACUUUUUUAACCAAAGGUGAAGGAAUCUAUGGCAGAGUUGUAAAUAUAUAUAUAAAUAUAAAUAUAUAUAUAUAAAAUAAAUAUAUAUAGACCUUAAAGAUAUAUUAAAAAUAUAUAAAAUGCAUUAAAGGCUUGAUUUAGCGUCUGCUGGCAGACGCUGAUUUGAGACUCUUUAGUGUGAUAGAGCACUUAACAAGAUAUUUUAAAGUAUUGCAUCUGUAUAAGUAAGAAAAUAUUUUGUCUAAAUGCAUCAGUGUAUUUGUAUUUUUUUGCAAGUGAAGGUUUACAAUUUACAAAAAAAGUGUAUUAAACCAACAAAGCUGCAGAAGGAAUUUUAAAAUAAUAAUAAAGUGUAAUUUUUUUGGUUUUGUUUUCAGUCUGUAUAUAUGUAAAAUGUGGUUCGCACGGUGCCUUUCUUUUCAAUGGACGUUUUCAAUGUAUGAACUGUAUGAGCCCAAUUUCCUUUUUAAGGUACAGCCUGAUGUUGCAAAAGGAGUCCUCUGGCAGAACUGUUUAUUGGGGAAUGUUUUUUGUUUUUGGGUCUUUUUUUUUUUUGUCUUAUUUUACAUGCUUGUGUUAUGAACAAUCUCGGGAGACAGGGUUUGGGCUGUGUCUAAACUGCAUUAAUACGUUCUGUAAAAUAUAGCUGUACAAAUACAAGAAUAAAACGAUGAAAAGUAAAGUA